CAAAAAACGUUUUUUUUGGUUGUCAUAGCAACAUUUAAAAAAUAAAAUUAAGCAACAAAAAAGCAAAAAGAAAAAAAUUUUAAUGAAUUAAAAUAAAAAUUAAAAAAAAAUCAUGUUCAAUUCAAAAGGAUGUUUAAAUCAUCUUACAAAAGAAGAAAUUAUGGUAUAUACAUUUCGUGCCUAUGUAUCACCAAUAUUAGUUAUUAUUGGUAUUCCAUCAAAUCUUUUAGUGAUACUUGUAUUUAUUAUAAUUGAAUAUCAAAAAACUUGUCGUUUUAAUUUAUAUGCAAUAUGGAUGUCUAUUGCUCAUAAUAUACAAUUAAUUGUUAAUACAUUAAUUGAUGAUUUUUUAGGUCGUGGAUUAAAAUAUGCAACACAAUGUAAAUAUUCAAUACAAGUUGAUAUAGAAUCAUCAUUUCUAUGUAAAACAUUUACUUAUUUAACUGAUGCUUCAGCAUUAAUUGCUGCAUUUAUAUUAAUGUUAUUUAGUGUUGAUCGUGUUUGUUCAAUUUAUAAUCCAAAACAUUUUGAACAAAGUUCUCAUGUGAAAUUAGCGCAUAUUAUUAUUGGUUUUGUUAUAAUUAUUUGUUUAAUAUUAAAUAUACCACAUUUAAUAUUUGCUGAUUUAAAAAUUCAUCCAAUAAAUAAUUCACAUGAAUGUCAAUAUAUUAAUCCUGUUGCUGGUGGUGUAAAAUAUGUUCUUUAUUUAUAUAUUAUUGGUGUAGCUAUACUUCCAGCUAUAUUCAUUUUUAUUACAAAUAUUUUAAUAUUAUAUAAAUUGAGUACAACAGUUUAUCGAUCAAAAUUAAUUGGUACUAAAGAUGAUGAAUCAAAUAAUGAAAGGGGUAAAGUAAUAGCACAUUUAGCUAUUAGUAUUCUAUUCACAAGUUUAUCUAUACCAUUAGUGGUAAUUAUUAUUUUAAGACAACAAGUAUAUUUUUACAAAUAUGAUAUAUUAUAUCCAGAAUAUACUAAACAAAUUGUACAAUAUUCAAAAUUAUUUAGUUCAGUUGAUUCAUUUAAUCAUGCUUUUGAUUUUUUCUUAUAUUUAGCAUUUAUGCCAACAUUUCGGCGUACAUUAAUGGAUAUAUUUAAAUGUAGAAUAUUUUUACGUAAUGAUCAUUCAAAUAAGAAACAUCAUCAUGAUAAUCAUAUUGAUGAUAAAUGUGAACAACAAUAUUUACAUCAUUCAGAACAAGAAAUCAAUAUGCCAUUUACUGAUCAAGAGACAAUGUCACUUUAUUCAAAUAAAUUAAUUUGUGUCGAAGAUUUUUAUUUAAAUUCGAACAGUUUAAAUUAUAGUACAGAUCCUAUACCGUUUAUUGAUCAAUAUGUGAAUUAUUCACCGGAACAUUAUACAAUUAAAACAUUAUGACAAAAUGUUAUUUUAGCAGGGUUUUUUGUGAUCAAAUGUUGAGCCAAUUUUUAAAAAAAAAAACUAAUAUAACAUUAUCAUUACAAUUUAACUGUCAAUCGUUCUCAUUGUAAAAAGUGGUUAUCCA